UCAAAAUUAAUUUUAUAUCACAAAUGCGUUUGUCGUCGUGCAAUUUACAAUGUUGUCAGAUACUGUUAUCUAUAUGUUAAAACGUAAAUCCUCGGACAGUUUUUAUUUGAUAUGGAAGAAAUUAUAUGUCCUUUAUAUAUUGUCCAAUUUCGAGCAUAUUUCACUUGAGUCGCUCCUUAUACAUUCUAGUAAAAAAAGUCUCAUCUUUUGCAAAAGUGGUUUAGUACAAAUUACAGAAAUUUAUUAUAUUUCAAAGUCAAAAGAUUUAAAAUGAGACAAACCAGACAAAUUGGAUUGUUUUUCUUCAUCUGUACUUUUCUUUCAGGUUCAUUGCUAUUGCGCACAGGCUCCUAUUCUUAUGCAAAAGACAUUAUUGUAAACGAAGGUGAAUUAUUGGAACUUAAUUGUACAGGUAGAAUUGGAUCAAGUUUUACCUUUUUUCCUCAUAAUCUUUCAGAUAUAUUUACUUCAAAUGUAAAUAUUAAGACAUUCCGUGAUGAUAAUGGAAAAUAUGUUCAAACGUUAAGUCGAUUGUCAGCAAUUACUGGUGACACUGGAAGUUAUCAUUGUAAAAAUGAUACAAAUUCUUACAUUGAGACUUAUGUUUACGUAAAAUCCGAUGUUCAAUUAUUAGUGCCUUAUACAAAAUCUUAUAUAAUAUAUAAUGAUUUUGAUUACAAAAAUAUCAUCCCAUGUCGUCCUACUUCGCCUAAUUAUAAUGUCACGAUUUCAACUGUUGAUAAUUCAACAAAUAACAGGAUACAAUCGUCAUUCAAUCCAAAAAAUGGUUUUAUGAUUUUCAAUCCUAUAGCGAUAGAUAGCAAUCAAUACAAAUGUUCAGCAACACGUGAAGAUGGAUUCACUCAAACAAUUGAUUUUUAUGUAAAUGUAACAUAUCCAGAUUCAAUUAGGUCUUUCAGAAUGUCUUCUGUGAUACCAAGAUACGUGGUUGAGGGUGAAAGUGUAAACAUUAAUUGUACAGUAAGAUGUCUAAAUAAUAAGCAAAUUAGAUUACAAUGGUAUGGGCCACCUAACAAAACUUUAAUUCAAAAUAACGAAAGAAGACAAGUGAAAAUUUAUGAACAUUAUGGAAAAUUCGGUGACAUGACGUGUGAAGCACAAUUAAAAAUUCUAAAUUUUACCAUUGAUGAUUGCGGUUGGUAUGGUUGUCAAGCAAAAUCUAUUGGUUCACAAGACUAUCAAGCAACAAAAAUAGAAUUACACGAUCCUCGAAAAACUUUUAUUAAAUUAUAUUGUGCCGUUAAGAACAGAUUUCAAAUACAAAGCGAAGGUGGUUACAUAAUGUGGACAGUGAACAUUAAUGCGUAUCCACAGCCAACAUGUCGUUGGAUAUACAAUCCAGGAAACAGUAAAAUGCAGACUUUAUACGAUGAAUCUAUUCGUCACUUAAGUCUAGAGCAGGAUUCAGCAUUGACAUACACAAAGUUAACAAUUAGUUAUUUGAUGGGAUAUCAUUCUGGCAAUUAUACAUUGGAAGUUUCAAAUAUACAUGAAAAUAAAUCAAUUACGUUUUCUAUUUAUGUUACCAGUAAGCCUAUAUUUAAUAUUAAGGCAUAUGCGCAUUAUGCUUCAAAUCAGUUAGUUGUGAUAAGAAAUGAAAUAUCUUCAUAUCCUGCGUGUAAUGUGACCUGGAAAUAUCUUACUUGUUCUGAUACUAAUGAUUGUUCUGACAAUAACAUUGUGAAAUGGACAUUAAGGGAAAAAUCACCCAUUAUGUUUGAGACAAUAGUAAAAUUUCAUGUGGAAAUGUCCGGUAAUAUCACAUGCAUUGCAUGCAAUGCAGUCGGUUGUAGAACAAUAAGUAAAGAAAUAUUUGUUUCCGAUUACAAUAGUGGCAUGGGAAUAAUUUUUCCUGAACAUCAAUUAACUAAUGAAAAUGAUUUGGAACUAAUUUGCUUCGCAUCUAUUUACAAUUACACUAAUAAUUUAACAUGGCUAAUUGAUGGGCAAAAUAUCACUGAAAAUGACAGUGUGAAAUUAACUACUGAAACAACUCAAAUUUCACAUCGUAUAACAUUGUCAAUAAAAAAAUUACUAAUAUCGCAUGCGGCGGAAUAUACAUGCGUCGCAAUUGCUAACGAUUUCAAAGAAUAUAAAGAAUACUACGUUUUGAAUUUAGCUGAUCCUGAACCUGCUACAAUCGUAGAAACAAACAUGAACGGAACAGAAGUAGCUUUUGAUUUAAAUACUUUGAGGCAAAAUAUUGAAUUAAUAUGUACUGCUACUGGAAUACCUGAACCAACUGUCACUUGGUACAAGGAUCAACAUCUGCUGGAAAGCAACAAUCAGUAUUUUUUUACUGGAAACAAACAGAAACUUAAAAUAAAAUAUCUCGAUGAAAAAAGUAGUGGUAAAUAUGUGUGUCGGGCUAAAAACCGCCUUGCUAUAGAAGAAAGGUUUCUUACCUUCAUUUCUAUAGGGAAUAAAGUGUCCGAAACUUGGAUUCUUAUUAGUAGAUUUGUGUUAAUCGUUUGCUGUAUAUUUAUAACAACUUAUUGUAUUAUAAUUCGACAAAGGAGAAUAAAGAGACAGAAAUUAAUAGAUGCUGGAUUGACUUUUUUUAAAGAAGGAGCUCUGGAAAGCAUAAAUCCUGAAUUAACACUCGAGGAUCAAGCAGAGCAUCUUCCCUAUGAUAAAAAAUGGGAAUUUCCACAAGAAAAACUAGCACUUGGAACACAAUUGGGUAGCGGAGCAUUUGGUGUUGUUAGAAAAGCCAAAGCGGUGGGAAUUAUGAAAAAUGAAAAGAUUACGACUGUUGCUGUAAAAAUGAUUAAGCGCACAUUGGAUCCAAUGUACAUUAAAGCACUAGCUAGCGAACUGAAAAUUAUGGUUCAUCUUGGAAAGCAUAUCAAUAUUGUUAACCUCCUCGGUGCUUGUACAAAAAAUAUUUCUAAACAUGAACUACUGAUUAUUUUGGAAUAUUGUCAUUUUGGGAAUCUACACAAUUAUCUUCUUCGUCAGAGAGAAGAUUUUAUUGAUCAAAUUGAUCCCGCUACCGGAAAAUUCAAUGUUAACAUUAAACAGAAAUUUGCGUUCAAAACCGAUAAUUACGUCGAGGCAAACAGGUAUACUACUAGAUCUGCUGUUGAAUUUGUAAUUCAAGAUUCACAUGAAAUAAUGUUAGGAACAGGAGAAUUCAAUAAGAAAAAUAUUUAUUCUCAAUGCAGAACUAAUCAUGAGGAUGAUUACAAAGACGAGAUAUUCCAAUCCAUCUGCACGCAGGAUUUAACAUCUUGGGCUUUUCAAGUUGCACGUGGGAUGGAGUAUCUUUCUGGACGAAAAGUGUUACAUGGAGAUCUUGCGGCACGAAAUAUUUUAUUGACAGAGAAUAAUAUUGUAAAAAUUAGUGAUUUUGGAUUAUCCAAGUCAAUGUACAAAGACAAUAAUUAUAAAAAGAAAGACGAUUUACUUUUGCCAAUUAAAUGGAUGGCGAUAGAAUCAAUUCGCGAUAGAGUAUUUUCCACUCAGUCGGAUGUUUGGUCAUUUGGCGUUGUUUUGUGGGAGUUUUUUACGUUGGCACAAACACCUUAUUUUAGUAUUGAUGCAGAAACACAAUAUCAGAAACUGAUUGAAGGAUAUAGGCUGGAAAAACCUGAAUAUGCUACAAAAGAAAUGUAUGAUAUAAUACAACAGUGCUGGACAACAAAUCCAAUUUUACGUCCGUCAUUUUCGGAAUUAGCUAAUUCCAUUGGUGACUUUUUAGAAAAAAGUGUGCAACAGUACUACAUAGAUCUGAACAGACCAUACGUAGACUUAAACACAAAGGUUCUACAGGGAAAAAAUGACUAUUUAAAGAUGAUGUCAGCUCCCGAUCAUACAUUACUCUCAUCAAGUCAAAAUUACGUCAAAAAUUCUACCAUUGAAUUAGUAGAAAAAGGAGAUUUUGCACACCUCAGUUUGACCUCCUCUGAUCAGGACGGUUCCAGUAAUAGUUGUAACGAUAGUCGCACUCAGUUCCGAUCGCUUAGUCCAGUUAAUGAUAAAUCAUCUGCUGAAUCAGUUACAGAAGAAAUGGUUGAGUUCUCAAUACUCCAACAGGAUGACGAUGAUCAACACCUCAAACCAAUGAAUUUUCAUGAACAUCAUCAAGAUUCGUUAAGGACCAAUAAUCCAGACGAAUGAGAGUAGUAGAAGAAUCUGAUCUACGAAUAUUAAAAUUUACAAACGCAUGUAAAAAGAAAUAUAUACGAUUCGAAUGAAAAUAAAUAUGAGCGUUUAUAUUAAGAAUAAUUGUUAUUCUUAAAUAAGUUUAAAAAAUUGAACCAAUUAGUACGUGAUGUGUUAAAAAAUAACUAAAUUGAAUAAUAUCUUAUAGAAGAAGAUAUAAAUUUAGA